AACCUAUUGACGCAAAGUGGAGGCGGUGUCGGCUGCUUCCAGGUGUGCGCAUGCGCUGUUGGGACGAGGAAGUAGCCGUGGGGAAACAAAAAGCAGCUUUGCUGGGUUCUCCCUCUACACAAGCAUGGAGGGAGGCGGAGUGGACGGGUGCCCAUCCAUGGAGACUUUUGCCAAAGUGGCUGAAGCCGGCGUCUCCAGCCCUCAGUUCACUGCCCUUUGCUCUUGGCUGGUUUCGGAACUCCGAGCCCUUUGCCCACUGGAAGAGGAUGUAAAUCCUACGCUGGGUCCUGAAGAUGCUGAGACAUUCCAGAUUGAAGUGAGUGGCCUGCUUGGAGAGCUGCGUUGCCCAUACCCCUCACUGACAAUGGGGGAUGUGACCGCCAGACUCAGCACCCCAGACAGUUGCCUCCAGCUCUUGUACUUCUUGAGUUCCGAACUCCUUGCAGCCCGGCUCCAGGCCCGGAAAAAGCCACGUUCGGUGGAGGAGGAAGACCAAGCCCAUGAAGCUGUCCGUGAACUCCAGCAUAUCUGCCAGGCCUUGGGAAUGCCUCCCCCAGAUCUGGGCUGCCCUGUCCAUCAGCUCAUGGAAGACAUUGAAGCCAAGAUUUCGGAGGUACUUUCCACGGCAGCAUCUGAACAUGGGGAGAUGGUGCCUCUCUUGAAGGUCCCGCUGAUCUCUGAGCAAUGGAGAGCAUUGGAGGGGAUCCACGGAGCACUGAAGGCCGAGUACCAAUGCCGCCAGCGCAUGAUGCUCACCCGCUUUGACGUCACGGUUGAGUCCUUCCAUUGGUCCGAGAGGGCUAAGGACCGUGGCACAGCCAUGGUGGAGGCCUUCAGACCCUUUCGGCAGUCUUUACUGGGGGAUUCCCAUGUCACCCUUGCUCACCUGCUGGCAGCCAGGGAGGACUUCUCACGCAUCAUCAAGACCAGCAGCGGCGCCUCGCAGGACAAGACCAGUUCUGCCGUCAAGAAGGUGUUGAUGGGUAGUGUCCCGGACCGGGGUGGGCGUCCGAACGAGAUCGAGCCCCCUAUGCCCACGUGGGAGAAGAGGAGAGAGGGGGGGGGAGGCGGUGGAUAUCAGCGCUGGGGCAAACGGAACAAGAAGAAGAAGAAAUAAAGUGGGAGCUGCUGCCCCAUCUGGAGUGGGGGGGAGGCCAAGACAACUUCUUUGGGGUGAAGACUCCAGCAAGUGAACUGAGGGAGAGGUGGGUUCUCUUCUCCCUCUCAGUUGUCACUGGUCAGGGCCUGCAGGCGACUGCUCGUCCAGUCUUCACAACGGUGGUUGCCGUCUUGCCUUUCCCCAGCGAGGAGGGAAGAAGUGUGGAAUGUAGCGCUGAAAUGUGAUUAUUUUAGUGCUGACAAAAGGAGGUGGGGCUGGGGUGUUGCUCAGAAAGGGAAUGUGUCUUCCCAUGUGGAGCUCUGUUCUUUGGGCUGCUGUUGAGAAAAAGGGAGCUACCAAACAUUUGCUUUGGGCAUUUCAAAUUGAAUCCAUGGUUUGGGCUUAGUUUCCCUACUGAUUGUGUGUGUUUGUAAUGCAAAGGCUAAGCUGCAUGAAGGUCGCAGGAAGUGUGGCUAAGGUCGGCAUUCCUCCUCCGAAACAGUUGAGCUUCAGCUUGUUAAUGUGGGGGUGUUGGAGGACCUCCCUUCAUGCCCCCUUAAGUCUAGUUGGACCCCUACAGUAUGUCAAAAACAACGUAGAGGAGAAAAACACUGACAACACCCCUCUUGUACACCCUGCUCUGGAUCGGCGACAGCUUGCCAUAUUGGCAGCUCUAACAAACCGAUGUGGGUUUUUGGUUCAACUAAUGUAAAUUCAUGCAUCCAUUUCUUGUUCAAGGGGCAGAGGGGCAGGUAGGGUUUGAGUUUGGAUUAGAAGACUGGUUUGGUAUGGGUAAAAACUCUGGAAUUAAAACUUUAUUUUUCAUG